AUGGUCUACUCAAUCGACAUGUUCGCCACCAAUCUGACGCCCUACAAUUGGACAUUGGCGGACCCUGCCGCAGUGACCAACUGGGGUUCUGUGGCUCAGCAACCGCAGCCGGUCCUCUCAGGCCAGAGCAACGUCCCAAUAGGCAGAUUUGAAGCUGCGAAGGGCACUUGGACUGGCACCGACGGCGUUGUCCUCUUCAACGACGGGUUCCCAUGGAACAAUGGUCUCGUACUGACAUUGGGGGUCAAAAUGCCCUUUGUUGGAGAUAACAAGUGCAUCAUUGGGGAAUCUGCCUUGAGUUGGUUCCAGGGCGAAGAUAAUGUGAGCUACUUCGUGGAGGCGCUCUUCGACAGUGAGGUAGCAACUUCUGACCGAGUGGCUUAUGACGGUUACCAUCUCUGGUGCACGAUCGAUCAAGGGACGCAGGUCACUGCCAAUAUAUACAUGACUCCCAUCGAUACCGCCCAGAAAUAG